GAGAGAGGUGCAUCCAAUAUGGCGUCUUGUGUGAGGAGAGCAUUGAUGCCUAUUGGAGUGAAUAUUCUGCGACAACAUGGUAUUAUCAGCUGUUUAAGACCAAGAACUCUCCCAAUGAUGUGUAGAUUUGCUAGCCAUGAUGCAGUGCAGACAACUAUUCUGAAGAGAGAUGAUGCACGCAAGGAGGAGCUACUUCAGUUUGGGAACUAUGUUGCAGAAAAUCUGCCCAAAUUUGUACAGAAAGUUCAGAUCACAGAUGGGGGAGAACUGGAAGUCCUGAUUCAUCCUGAAGGGGUGGUGGUUACCAUGGCGUUUCUUAAGGACCACACAAAUGCACAGUUUACUAAUAUAUCAGAUUUAUGCGCUGUGGAUGUGCCCUCUAGACAAUAUAGGUUUGAGAUUGUCUAUAACCUUCUCUCAUUACGGUUUAAUACACGCAUACGAGUGAAGACAUACACAGAUGAAAUCACACCAAUGGAGUCUAUAUGUCCGGUUUUCCGUGGUGCUGAUUGGUAUGAGAGAGAG